UUGGUCUUUUUCUCCCCUCGACUCUUUUUUAGGCAUGAACGCCGAGACCUGCGUUUCAUACAGCGAUAUGACAUCCAUGGAUUCAUAUUAUAGCCCCUCUGCAGCGCAAGGUAGGGAUCAUCAGACGGACCACUUUAGGACAUUCCCAGCCACUGACACCAAAUACAGCCCCACCGCCUUCCUGCCCAGCAAAGGUCAGGCUUACGGAGAAAAGUCCCGCAGCCCCUUCCAGCAGGAGUGCCAGUCAUUGGAUGCCGCCGCAGCUGGGCAAGGCACUUUCAGCAAAUACCACCUCUACAUGCAGAGGUCUUCUUGCAAAACACCCCCCGAGGAGGGCAAACUGCACCAGGAGAGCGGACACAACGGAGCCCUCGUCCCGUGUUAUGGUAAAGACAGUUCAGGCCUGACAGACUCUGAAUUGGUUCCGGACUCCGAUCAACCUGGAAUGGACACCGGUUACCUGGCUGUGAAGGAUCAGGGCGUGAAGGUGUCCUCCGACAGGCCACCCGGCACAGACUUGUCAAGCCCUCUGGACAAGGGUGAUGGUGGCGAAAGCAACAAGGGCAAGAAGAGGCGAAACCGCACGACCUUUACAAGCUACCAGCUGGAAGAGCUGGAGAAGGUUUUCCAGAAGACGCACUAUCCUGACGUUUACGCUCGGGAGCAGCUGGCACUGAGGACUGAUCUGACCGAAGCCCGCGUGCAGGUGUGGUUUCAGAACCGAAGGGCAAAAUGGAGGAAAAGGGAGCGUUUUGGUCAAAUGCAGCAGGUCCGAACGCAUUUCUCGACAGCUUACGAGCUGCCUCUUCUGACACGUCCUGAGAAUUACGCCCAGAUUCAGAACCCUUCUUGGAUCGGCGGCAGCAGUGCCGCAUCUCCUGUGCCGGGCUGUGUUGUGCCCUGCGACACUGUGACUCCCUGCAUGACACCACACCCUCACUCUGCCAGCGGCGUGGCUGAUUUUCUGGGUGUGCCGAGCCCUGGAGGUCACAUGGGACAGGCUCACAUGGGCAGCCUGUUUGGAGGAUCUCCUGGCAUGCCUUCAGGCAUCAACACGUAUGAUCUCAACAUAGACCCUGACCGCAAGUCCUCCAGUAUUGCCGCUUUGCGCAUGAAAGCCAAAGAGCACAGUGCGGCCAUAUCUUGGGCCACAUGAUGUGUUGAUGCCCGCUGGAUGAGGGAUCAGGUUGACCCUUGAAAUGUCGACGCAAAACCCAGCAUGGGGAGAGGGGGCACUAGAAUCGAAAAUUCUAAAGGCAACGGUGACUACCUUCAUAAAUGUUGCAAUAAAAUAAUUAUGCAAAUGAAAGGAUGGGAGACUCGAAGAGAAAACAACAAGAGAUUUGGCAAGAUAAGUGAUGUGGCAACUGCCAUGUUUCUCAAUCCCUCUGGUGGGAGAAAGAAACCGCAGUGGGAGAGUGAGCUUUGUGGAAAGCCUUGUGGGAGGUGAUGCUGCACUGCGUAAGAUAAGCUGCAGUGUUGUACUGAUAAGAGGUGAACGAAAAUGCUCGAAAAAGUUAAAUAAUUUCAAACAAAUCCAUGCACUUAUUUGGUAAAAUACAGGAAAUUCUGUUUGUACAGUGCUUUCAGUGUCAUUGUAGUUCUCUGUUCAGGUGCUGUUUUUAUUCCUAUGUUAUUUAAAUUUUGAGUAUUUUUUUUUCCAUAUUCUGAUCAUUUUGUUAUGCAAGCAUCCUUAAAAAAAACUGAAAUUCAAGUUUAUCUGUUGUAUGACGUGUACAUAUUAUUCUAAGGCAAUCUUUGUCAGCAUUAGCACAUGCAGAAGUGUGCAACUUAACACUGCUACAGAAAACUGUUUAUAUCCUGCAUAUCUGUCACAU